AUGCCGUUUAAUAAGCGGACAGUUGAACCGAUUAAUUUAAGUCAAGUACAAGUACCAAAUGAUAUUCCAAAUGAACUUGAAUGUGUAACUAAUCAUGCUCUAGCAAAUGUAAUGCGACAAUUAAGUUCAUUAAGUUCUCUUGCACAAGAUUUGUUUAAUGAAUUAAUUACAGAUGCUGGACAUAUAUUUCAACGUACAGAAACAUUACAUGGUCGCAUUGAAAGACCUAAACUUAAAGUAACACAAUUUGAUUCAAAUAUUGAAGAAGUAAUUAUUCAAGAUGUAAAUAAUCGAAAACCAUUUGUCAGUGUGACUCGUAUUGAUCAACAAGUGGUUAAUCGUGCAAUAAUGCUAGAAUCACUUUAUGAACAAGCUGAGCCAGAGCCUGCUCUUCAUUUACUUAAUCCUUAUCGAUUAGUUUUUUUAAACUGA